AUGUCGGUCCUAGUUAUGGAUUUGGACAUCAGUCCAUGCCUAAUUACUGUGGAUGCCUUAACGAGUCGACCCGCUAGGUGCGUAUCUAUCUAUCUAUCUAUCUAUCUAUCUAUCUAUCUAUCUAUCUAUCUAUCUAUGCCUGUCUUUGUUCUGAUAGAUUCUUUCCCCUUCCUUUUCAAUUGGUCCCCUUCCUUUUCAAUUGCGUUGCAAGUCCCCCCCCUUUUCAAUUGCGUUGCAAGUUCCUUCCUUUUCAAUUGCGUUGCAAGUCCUCCCUUUUCAAUUGCGUUGCAAGUCCCUUUCCUUUUCAAUUGCGUUGUAAGUCCCCCUUUCAAUUGCGUUGCAACCCCCCCCUUUUCAAUUGCGUUGCAAGUCCCCUUCCUUUUCAAUUGCGUUGCAAGUCCCCCUUUUAAAUUGCGUUGCAAUUCCCCCCUUUCAAUUGCGUUGCAAUUCCCCACCCCCUUUUUUUUUCCAAUUGCGUUGCAAGUCCCUCCUUUUCAAUUGCGUUGCAAGUCCCCCUUUUCAAUUGCGUUGCCCCCCUUUCAAUUGCGUUGCAAGUCCCCCCUUUUCAAUUGCGUUGCAAGUCCCCCCCCUCAAUUGCGUUGUAAGUCCCCUUCCUUUUCAAUUGCGUUGCAAGUCCCCCUUUUUCAAUUGCGUUGCAAGUCCCCCCCUUUUCAAUUGCGUUGCAAGUCGCCUUCCUUUUCAAUUGCGUUGCAAGUCCCCCUUUCAAUUGCGUUGCAAUUCCCCCCCUUUCAAUUGCGUUGCAAUUCCCCCCCCUUUCAAUUGCGUUGCAAGUCCCCCCUUUUCAAUUGCGUUGUAAGUCCCCUUCCUUUUCAAUUGCGUUGCAAGUCCCCCCCCUUUUCAAUUGCGUUGCAAGUCCCUUCCUUUUUCAAUUGCGUUGCAAGUCCCCCUUUUCAAUUGCGUUGCAAGUCCCCUUUCUUUUCAUUUAUAAAGCCUUUCCCAUUUGUUUCCAUUAUUUUUCUUCUCUUCCUUUUUACCUCCACUCUCAUAUUUUAG